GCCAGACACACCGGAAGUCCGGUUUUGUGUUAUUAUCUUAUUAACACAACAACCACACUUACGCCUAGUGUAGGCACUGAGGGGUCGCUUGCUAAAACACUUUGAAGAUGUUUGUAAUGAACCGUGGACUUUGCAAAGCACACUGAGGGGACCAAAUCCUAAUCCGAAUUAAUGCUGACACCAUGAAGAUGAAAGCUGCUAAGCAAAAGUCUUUGCACAACAAAGCAAAGACAGGAAAGACACAAGACGAUGUGGUUGUAGUAAAAACUGAAUGUAAAGUAGAAGAAGACUCCCAUGAGGUUGACACUAACGGAGAAGGCAUCAACAUUCAAAUCAAGGAGGAACCACACUCACCAGAGAUCAGUGAGGAGCUCAAAUUAAACUCAUUAAGCUGCUCAGACAGUAAUCCUGAUACUGUAACAACCUGCUCAGAUGUUCCCAAUCAUCAGACACUCAUUAAGAACGAGUUUGAGCAAUGUGGACUCACUGAGGCUGCUGUGAAGACUGAGCCGGAGACGUGGGUAAAGGAAGAGGGAGAGGAGGAGGAGGAGGAGGAGGAGGAGGAGGGGGAUGCAGACAAUAUCCAGGAAGGUUUGGGAGAGGAUGGGCAGGUUUGCACAGAGUCAUCAUCUGAGUUCUUUCCAUGCCCUCACUGCUCUGUGUCUUUUACUGACUUGGAGUUCCUAGAGAAGCAUGUGAAGUGGGUCCAUCAGAAACAAUAUCUCGCCAGUCUGAAGAAAUGCCUGUCAAGCCGCACACUGAACCUCGUCCCAAAACACAUCUGCACUGUAUGCAGUAGCACCUUUACCUCUAAAGUACAGCUGAGGAUCCAUGCACGUGAAGCCCACCCUGCUGCCCCUCCCCGCCGGCUUUACCCCUGCCCAACCUGUGCACGCAGCUUCCAGUACCUGAAGAAUCUCAAGAAUCACUGUCAGCGAUGGCACAAUAUGUCUGUGGUUACCAGAGGAGGGCAUCUCAGCUGUGCCGACUGUGGGAAGAGUUUCAAAGCUACCUGGGGUCAAGGGCCUCAUUUGUGUCAUAAACCAGAUACCACAGAAUCUGAGGAUAAGCCAGUCUGUCUGGAUAUUGGUGUACCGUGUCCAGAAUGUGGCAAGAUUCUGCGCACACCUCAAAGCCUGGCAGAUCAUAUGCGCACCCACACCGGGGACCGUCCAUUUGUCUGCAAGGAUUGCGGCAGAAGGUUUGUGGAACGAAGCGGUUGGCGGCAACACAUGAAAAUUCACACAGGAGAGAAGCCGUACAAGUGUCAGGUCUGUGGGAAGGCCUUCUUACGCUCACACCACCUCAACUGCCACCUAACUACCCACUCUGCUAAGAAGGAAUAUUCUUGCUCCGUAUGUGGAAAGGAGUUUGGAUUAAAGGCAAGUCUGAACCUUCACUUGAGGACACAUUCCAAUGAGAAGCCUUUUCACUGCAAUGUGUGCGGGAAGAACUUUAACACAAGGAAAAAUCUGAGGGUUCACAGCAAACUUCACAACAGCGAGAAAGCUCACCAGUGUGGGGACUGUGGGCUGAAGAUUGGAGAUCUAGGGGCUUUGAAAAUCCACCUGCGGACACACACCGGAGAAAGACCCUACCACUGCACAGUCUGUGGUAAUAGGUUUAUUCGUCUUUCACAUUUACGCAACCAUCAACGCACCCACACUGGUGAGAGACCCUACAAAUGUGAUGAAUGUGACAAGAGUUUCACUCAGUCUGGCGACCUUGUGAAGCAUAAGAGGAUACACUCUGGGGAAAAGCCCUACGAAUGCCCAGACUGCCAUCGCCGUUACACCUCCUCUGGUGAUCUGGGCAAGCAUCGGAGGAGUCACACUAACCUGCGUCCCUACACCUGUCCCGAAUGUGAAAAGAGCUUUCGCUUGUCAGGCCACUUGAAAACUCAUAUGUUAACUCACACAGGGGAGAAGCCAUUUUCCUGCCCUAACUGCCUCCGCAGGUUUGCUCGCUCUCACCAUCUUUCUGGGCAUGUGGCUAAAUGUCGUUAAGCUUUCCAAAGAGGACUGCUAAUAACCUUGCCUGAUUUAAAGUGGUCAUUCUGAGACACAUAUAUCUACUACUAACUUUUCUAAAUUAGUGUGUUUAAGUCAAAACCAUUAUCUGUAUAUAUCUAUUUAAAAUAACUUCCCGUAACAAUCUGGAGCCAGAUGACUGUUUAACUUAUUACAAAAAGAGAAUUGAACACAUUAAUUUUGUUUUUUAUUGCACAGAACUCCUUCAUAAGCCUACCCAAUGUGUUUGAUUUUUUUUUACCCCCGGGUAGAUGAACUGUUUUUUGCAGGACACUAUUGUAUUUGAGGUUUGAGGAUGUGGUAUGAAUCAUCAUGUAAUGGGACAUGCAGAUUAUGAAUUAUUUUGUUUCACUUGAGAUCACUGCUGUGUAAUUUAGAUAAAAUGUAAUAAAGUACAUGAUGAAUGCA